CUUGCACAAGUCAAGGGUGACAUGCCAUUCUCCAGCACCAGAAAAAGCUUUUGCGGCACGCCGAUGUUGUGUAACUGCACGUUUUGUAAGUACGGUAUUAUUUGUCUCUUGCGUGGCAUAUUUGCCGUCCGGCUAUUUAAACAUUCUUAGCAAGUUCGUCUCUUUUGCGGUACAUUCUUUGUCAGUCGUUCCCUUGCUCCCUUGGACAGCUGAGAAGUAGCGUAAGCGUAGCCGGCCGGCUAGCCGAGCUCAUGUAAACAAUGGACUGGUGUGAUCGUGACACGCAUGCUACACUGCCAGUUGUUGCAGCCACAUCACCAUGCCAGUAGAUGGGCCAGAGGACCAGGCCCCCUCCUCCCACUCUGGUGGUCCAGCCAGUGCUGCUCUCACCAGGACAAACUCAGAGGAGAAUGGAGGCUCAGCAGUUUUUUCUCAAGGCCCUGAGGCUGCGUCCCCCUGCACAGUUGUCAACGAAGCUGAGGAAAGCAAUAGUGGCUGUAAGAGGUCCGGAGCUUUGCUGCAUAUCGACCGCCAGCGCAUCCAAGCAGCGUCUGCCAGCUCUGGGGCUGACGAGCUGCUCGGUCUCGGCGUGGCCGUCUAUGACCAGGAUGUUCUGGAGCAAGGCGUCCUGCAGCAGGUGGACGAGGCCAUCCAGGAAGCCAGUCAGGCUGCUGCAAAAGCAGAGGCUGAGAAGGAGUAUGAGUCGGUGCUGGAUGAUGUCAGAUCUGCAGUGGUAUCGCUGAAGCACAUCAAUAAGAUCAUUGAGCAGCUAUCCCCUUAUGCUUCAUCAAGUAAAGACAUCAGUAGGAAGAUUGAAUCGGUCAAAAGGCAGAAAGAAAAUAAGGAGAAACAACUCAAGAAGGUCCGAGCCAAACAGAAGCGGCUUCAAGCUAUUUUGGGAGGAGAAAUUGCCCAAAGGUUUGAAGAUGAGCUUUUGGCAGAAGAUGCAGAGGACACAGAGCCUGGUCCUUCCACACUGGGCAACAUGCUCAUGCCAGCACAGGAGACCGAGUGGGAAGAGCUCAUCCGGACAGGUCACAUGACACCUUUUGGUACGAGAAUCCCACAGAAGGAGGUGAAGAAGGAGCCGCGCAAACUGAUGCUGGCCGAGAACUCGGCCUUCGAUGAGUACCUGGCCGACCAGGCCAAGCUGGCGACUGAAAGGAAGAGAGCUCCUCAUGUGAAGAAGAGGAGGAGUACUGCUACACACCAGCAAGGAUCCAAAGGAAGCGCUUCCUCUCCAAAGGACAAGAAAAUGCGUAAGCGCAUGCGAAAGCUCCAGAUAACUGCUUUGAAAGCUCAUCCCAAGGCAAGACAGAAAUCUGAGCCACAAGCACCAAAGCUAAAGAGAAAACGUCAAACUGAAGGCGACGAGGUUGACAGCGACGGCUCCGAGUACCUGCCGAGCGACGAAGGCUUCGAUCCCGAAAAAGAGGAACGAGACGCCAUGGAGGAAGGCUUUGGGGAAGACGAUGAUGAGGGCGACUACGAGUUGAAAGCUUACAAGAGGAAAAAUGAAGCCAAGGGAAGGAGCCGUGAAGAAACCGCUGAGCGAUGACCAGUAUUCCCCUGAAAGUCCGAUGAAGAGAAUGACGCCAAAAGUAAAGGGAAGAAAUGCAAAGAUGAUGGCGACGUGGAAUGUUAUCGACAGCGGAUAAGGAGGUGGAAGCGACAGCGUCUUCGAGAACGGGAGGAGAGGCGGGAAAGAGGUGAGGAGCUGACAGAUGACAGCGAUGCAGAGUUUGAUGAAGGCUUCAAAGUUCCUGGUUUCCUGUGGAAGAAACUUUACAAGUACCAGCAGACGGGAGUACGCUGGUUGUGGGAGCUCCACUGUCAGCAGGCAGGAGGCAUCCUGGGAGACGAGAUGGGUUUGGGCAAAACCAUCCAGAUCAUCUGCUUCCUGGCUGGACUCAGCUACAGCAAACUGAGGACCCGAGGCUCCAACUACAGGUAUGCUGGCCUGGGCCCCACCGUCAUCGUGUGUCCCGCUACCGUCAUGCACCAGUGGGUCAAGGAGUUCCACACCUGGUGGCCACCUUUUAGAGUCGCUGUCCUUCAUGAAACGGGAUCUUUCAGCAGCAACAAGGAAAAGCUGAUUCCAGAGAUAGCAUCAUGUCACGGCAUCCUGAUCACCUCAUACUCAGCAGUGAGGAGCUUGCAGGACAUCCUGCAACGCUACGACUGGCACUACGUCAUCCUGGAUGAGGGCCACAAGAUCAGAAAUCCAAAUGCCGGAAUCACCACAGCCUGCAAACAGUUCCGCACCCCCCACCGAUUCAUCCUGUCCGGCUCGCCCAUGCAGAACAAUUUAAAGGAGCUCUGGUCUCUCUUUGAUUUCGUCUUUCCUGGGAAAUUGGGCACUUUACCCGUCUUCAUGGAGCAGUUCUCUGUGCCCAUCACCAUGGGAGGAUACAGCAAUGCCUCACCUGUCCAGGUCCAGACGGCGUUCAAGUGUGCAUGCGUGCUGAGAGACACCAUCAAUCCUUACCUCCUUCGAAGAAUGAAGGCUGACGUCAAGGACAACCUUGCCUUACCUGACAAAAACGAGCAGGUUUUAUUUUGCAGGUUAACGCAGGAGCAGCGGCAGGUUUAUCAGAGCUUCUUAGACUCCAAAGAGGUCUACCAGAUACUCAACGGGGACAUGCAGGUUUUCUCAGGCUUGAUAGCACUGCGUAAGCUGUGCAACCACCCGGACCUUUUCUCUGGCGGCCCGCGGUUGCUGAGGGGGAUCCCUGAGGAGGCGCUGACAGAAGAGGAGCACUUCGGCUAUUGGAAGCGCUCAGGCAAACUGAUCGUGGUGGACUCUCUGUUGCGUUUGUGGUUUAAGCAGGGUCACAGAGUCCUGCUCUUCUCGCAGUCGCGGCAGAUGUUGGACAUCUUGGAAGUGUUUGUGACACAGAACCACUACACGUACCUGAAAAUGGACGGCACGACCACCAUAGCUUCCAGACAGCCGCUUAUCGCCCGCUUCAACGAGGACGAAUCUAUAUUUGUCUUCUUGUUGACAACUAGAGUGGGAGGUCUGGGAGUCAAUUUGACUGGAGCCAAUAGAGUCAUCAUCUAUGACCCAGACUGGAACCCGAGUACUGACACUCAGGCGAGGGAGCGGGCCUGGAGAAUCGGUCAAAAGCAGCAGGUAACUGUCUACAGGCUCCUCACUGCAGGCACCAUUGAAGAAAAAAUAUACCACAGACAGAUUUUCAAACAGUUUCUGACCAACCGUGUCCUGAAGGACCCCAAACAACGCCGUUUCUUCAAGUCUAAUGACAUCUUUGAACUUUUCACAUUAGCUGACCCUGAUGAAAAGCAGGGCACAGAGACCAGUGCAAUAUUUGCCGGUACCGGCUCCGAUGUCAAGGCACCUAAAAAAAUGGAAAGAAUGCACCAUAGUAAACGCUCCAAAUCCCAGCAGAUUGAAAUAAAUCCAAAUAAUAGACAUUCCUUAUUAAACAGUUCUGAAUCUGCCUGUCAGGGAUUAUCUCAGGGUCCAAUAAAUGGUACAGUGGGUGCUCAAAACAAGCCAAAUGGCAUGGAUGCAGAUCCGCAUUUAUCAUGUGGCAAACUAAAGAACGGCACGGGCCUGAAGCGCAGGGAGAAGAGGAAACACUGCGACUCCAGCAAAAUGGAAAGGCAUAAAAGUAAGAAGCAUAAACGUGAAAAAGACGCUCGCUUCGAGGGCCAACGCAUCUCGCACUUAGUGAAGAAGAGAGAGUACAAGAGGACGGACGCUGAAGAUCAGAAAAAAUCUGACGAUUACGUCUUGUCGAAGCUCUUCAAAAAAUCCGGAAUCCACAGCGUGAUGCAGCACGACGCCAUCAUCGAGUCCUCAAAUCCAGACUACGUCCUGGUGGAGGCCGAAGCCGACAAAGUGGCCAAAGAUGCCCUUAAGGCCCUCAAAGUGUCUCGCCAGCAUUGUAGGCUGGCCCUCAGUCGAAACCCCCCGCCGCCCGCUCGGAAACGCUUCGGACAAAAGAAGAAUUCUCUCCUGGUCGGACCAUCUGUGCCCACGCUCCCCAAUUUGAACAAAUGCAAGGAUGCUGCUAUCGUAACAAAGACAAACUUAAAGAAGCCAGAUGCAGGGGCUCAUUUCAGCGGGGAGGUAGCCGAAAUUGACUCUAGCGCAACCCCUCUGUCCUCGUCCUCCCUCCUGGCCCGCAUGAGAGACCGCAACCACCUCAGCCUUCCCUCCAGCAGACAAAGAGAAGAAGAAGAUGAUGCUGAAGAGGACGGUGCCGGCACCUCACAGUCCGCUCCGAGCACAGAGCACGACGAGCUGCUGACGGACCUGCGCAACUUUGUGGCCUUCCAGGGACAAGUGGACGGGCAGGCCAGUACACAGGAAGUGCUGGAGUACUUCAAACCCAGACUGAGCGUCAAGCAGGCGCCCGUCUUCCGAGAACUGCUCAGGAGCAUCUGCGACUUCCAGCGGAGGUCUGGACAAGAGGGCCUGUGGAGGCUCAAGGAGAACUUUCGCUGAAAGUCCAGACAACCGCAACCUCCUCAGAUAUUUCCGUACUGUGGAACUUCUAAAGGGGAACAUAGUGUACUUUUGUCUUGUCUUUUCUUAACUCUGUCAUACCUCAACGUCAUCCACUUGUUUAUCACAGACUUUUUCUAUGGAAUUUGGAAUGCAACAAACAAGUAAGACAUAAUCUCAGACAAUUGUUUUUGACUCCGGUGCUUGUUUGUGGUAAUUCUUUCAUUUAUUUAUCUGCUGGUUUCUACUUGAAUUUAUACUUUUGAUACAGUCUGUUUACUCAUGUGCACUGCAGUCAUUACCUCAGAUUAUCUGAAUAUUGGUGAAAAUAUGCUAUUCGAGUCAAGUGUCAAAAGUUUGUAAAAAAAUGGAAUGUGCAAUAAUAAAACUUUUAAAUAAGA